CCCACGCGGUUCCCCCGCUGCGGCCGCAGCUCGCCCGAGGAAAAACCCCGGAGAUCCCUCAGCAGGACGGGCUGCAAACGCAGAGAGCAGGGAUGCGAGGGGGAAAGAGCCAGGCUGGGCCGGGGAGGCGGCCGGAGCUCGGAGCUGGGGGUCCCUGAGCAGCUCCAGGAUGGGGAGAAGCCCCACACGUGCUCGCGAUGUGGGAAGAGCUUCAGGUGGAGAUGCUGUCUGGUUGAACAUUUCAGAAUCCACACUGGGGAGAGGCCCUACGAGUGUGGUCAGUGCAAGAAGAGGUUCCUGACCCGCUCUGAUCUCAUCAAGCACCGGCGCACUCACACCAAGGAGAAGCCCUUCGUCUGCCCCGACUGCGGGAAGGGCUUCAGUCAGAAGUCCAACCUCGUCACCCACCGUCGCAUCCACACCGGGGAGAGGCCCUACAAGUGUGGACACUGUGGGAAGAGCUUCACCACGAACCAGCAGCUGAUUGUCCACCAGAUGAUCCACACGGGAGAACGGCCCUACAAGUGCGGACAGUGUGGGAAGAGCUUCAAGACGAGCUGCCAGCUGGUUUUACACCAGAUGAUCCACACGGGAGAACAGCCCUACAAGUGCGGACACUGUGGGAUGAGCUUCACCCUGCGCUCCCGCCUGAUUUUACACCAGAGGCGCCACCCGGGGCAUUGGCCAGGAUCCGAGGGGGAACGACCCUCCCUGGGCCGGAGCUCGGAGCUGGGGGUCCAUCAGCAACUCCAGGACGGGGGGAAUCCCCACAGGUGCUCGGAGUGUGGGAAGAGCUUCACGUGUAAAUCCUCCCUGGUGUACCACUUGCGAAUCCACACCGGGGAACGGCCCUACAAGUGUGGCCAGUGUGCGAAGAGCUUCAGCACAAACUCCUGCCUGAUCGUCCACCGGAGGAUCCACACUGGAGAGAGGCCCUACAAGUGCGGGCAGUGCGGGAGGGGCUUCGCUUCCAGCACGGAGCUGACCGUCCACCGCAGGAAGCACACGGGGGAACGGCCCUACGAGUGUCUCCAGUGUGGGAAGAGCUUCAGCCGCAGCUGCCACCUGAGUGUCCACCUGAGGUGCCACACCGGGGAGAGGCCCUACCAGUGUCCCCAGUGUGGGAAGAGCUUCAGGACGAGCUCCUGCCUGAUGAAACACCAGAUGAUCCACACCGGGGAGAAGCCCUACGAGUGUGGGCGGUGUGGGAAGAGCUUCAUGGCGAGAUCCCACCUGACUGUCCACCAGAGGAGCCACACUGGGGAGAGGCCCUACCAGUGUCCCCAUUGUGGGAAGAGCUUCAGCACGAGCUCCUACCUGAUCGUCCAUCAGAGGAUCCACAGCGGGGAGAGGCCCUUCAAGUGUGGGGAGUGCGGGAAGAGCUUCAUCACCCGCUCCUUCCUGAUCUACCACCAGAGGAUCCACACGGGGGAGCGGCCCUACGAGUGUGAUGUGUGCGGGAAGGGGUAUCGCACCAGCUCCCUUCUCCUCGUUCACCAGCGCACUCACACCGAUGAGAAGCCUUUCCUCUGCCCCGACUGCGGGAAGGGCUUCAGGGACAACUCCACCCUCGCCAUCCACCGGCGCACCCACACCGGAGAGAGGCCCUACCUGUGUCCCCAGUGUGGGAAGAGCUUCAUGCUGAGCUCCUACCUGACUGUCCACCAGAGGAGCCACACGGGGGAGCGGCCCUACCAGUGUGGGCAGUGCGGGAAGAGCUUCACGACGAGCACCAGCCUGGUCUGCCACCAGAGGAUCCACACCGGGGAGAGGCCCUACCACUGUGGGCAGUGUGGCAAGAGCUUCAGCACGAGCUCCUGCCUGGCUUCCCACCAGAAGAGCCACAGCGGGGAGAAGCCCUUCGAGUGUAUGCUGUGUGGGAAGAGGUUCCGGGUUAACUCCACGCUCCAGAGGCACCAGAGCACGCAUUCAGGGGAGAAGCCCUUCCGCUGCCCCGACUGCAACCGGGGCUUCAAGCUCCACACCUACCUUGUCAAGCACCGGCUCAUCCACUCCGGGCCGGGGCCCCGUGAGUGUCCCCAGUGCGGGAAGAGCUUUUCCGCCAGCUCCCUCUUGGCCAGACACCAAUGGAAGUACCACUGAGGGCAGCCCUGUGAGUGCCCAGAGCGCAGGAAGAGCUCCGUGCGCUGCUCCAGCUCCAUCCCCCGCGGGAGGAUCCGCGCUGGAUGAUCCCCAGGGAGCCCCGGUGAUCCCUGGUGCCGGUGAUCCCUGUUGGGAAGACACCUGGGGGCUCCGCAUCAUCCUGGCUCCCCGUGGGCACAUCCGCAGUCCAACAUCAGACAUCCGUUGUGGAGAGCGGAUUUGUCGAGUUCUGACCCUAGAAAAAUCUGUUUUUCCGUCUUGUGGUGGUCUUAGGCAACAUUAGAUAGCCUCGGAGGUCUUCUCCAACAUCAGUCCAUUGUUUUAUUUAUUUCUGGCCCACGGGCAUCUUCCACAGCGGAAUGGAGUGGGAUUGGGGCAAAACCCCAAAUUUUGGAGAGAGUGGUGUGGAAACUCCUCCAAAAAUGGUUCUUCCCACCCAUCCAAGCAUGUGAGUGCUCUGCCAGCAGGGACACGUAAAUCCUUUUGUUUUGGUUUUGGAAUGAAAAGGUUUCUGUUCAUCCCCUUGAAAGCCUUGAAGCUGAGGUGGAAAUAAAGACGUUGAUCUGA